CGAUAAUUAAUAAUUAAAAAAUGGAGAGAGCAGCAAAUCUAAUAUUUACAGCAGGUUCUUUAAUAGUUGGUGGUGGAAUUUUAUUCAAGUCAUUCUUCUAUACAGUUGAUGGAGGAUAGAGAGGAUUAAUUUUCGAUCGUUUUUAAGGAGUUAAAGAAACUGUUUAUGGAGAAGGAAUGCAUUUUUUCAUUCCUGUUAUUUAAGUAUAAGAAGAAUAAAUAUUUUAGUCACCGAUUGUUGCUGAAGUCAGAUUACAGCCUAAAACAGUAGCAUCUAAUACUGGUACAAAAGAUUUAUAAACAGUUGAUAUUGCUAUUAGAAUGCUUCAUAAACCUAUUGAAUCAUAUUUACCAGAGAUUUAUAAGUAAUAUUUUUAUUCAAUAAAUAAAGAACAAUUGGUUUAAAUUAUGAAGAAAAGAUUCUUCCAUCUAUUGCUAAUGAAGUAUUGAAAGCAGUUGUAGCUUAAUAUGAUGCAGAUCAAUUAAUUAAAAUGAGAGAAAAGAUUUCAAUUGAAAUAAAGGAAGCUUUGAUUGAAAGAGCUAAAGAAUUUAAAAUAGUUUUAGAAGAUGUCUCAAUCACUCAUCUAGGAUUUAUGAAAGAAUAUGCUUAAGCAAUUGAAGCUAAGCAAGUGGCUUAAUAAUUAGCAGAAAGAUAAAAGUUUAUUGUUUUAAGAGAUGAGGAGGAAAAAAAUGCAAAAGUAAUCUUAUCUGAAGGAGAAUCAGAAGCAGCUAGAUUAAUUAAUGAUGCAGUUAAAUAAUAUGGAACAGGUAUCAAUAUAUAUCUUAAAUUUAUAGCUUAAAUCGAAAUCAAAAAAUUAGAAACAGCAAAACAUAUUGCUGAAUAAUUAGCCAAGAGUCCUAAUAUUACAUGGAUUCCAACUGGAAAUGGUGUUUCAAAUUUGUUAAAUUUAAAGACUUUUUGA